CGUUCAUCAUGGGAGUCGGAUCAUUCACCUUCGCUUUCCUAUCAGGCAGCUACGCCUAUGUUGUUGCUGCAUUAAUGGCAUUUAUCAUAGGUUUAGGUUUUGGAGCAUUCCAGUCUGUUGAUUUUGCCCUGGUCAUGGAUGUGCUUGCAGAAGAUUCAGACAAGGCCAAGGAUAUUGCUGUUUGGCAUCAAUCACUGGUUCUACCACAAGCUCUGGCCACACCCCUGGGCGGUUUUAUUGGCUUAGGUUACAUUAUUUUAUUUAUUAUGUCAUCAAUUUAUUUUGUGUUGAGUGGUGUGUUUGUUUUUAAAAUACGCAGAGCUCGCUAG